UAUCAUAAAUGAUAUUAUUAUUGAAAUUGUCAGCCAUUCAAAUUUCAUCUCAAAUCUGAUCUUUAUCCGAUAAUUUUCCAUUUCCAAAAAUGUCGUCAGAUCAAAAGGAAUAUAUUGUUCGGGUACCAAGCGACACAAAAAAACAAUUUCAUGUGAUGCGUUUUAGUUCAGCUUUAAAUGUUGAUGUAACUAAAUUAAAAAAUUGUAAACUUGAACGUGAAAUCAUGUUCAAAGAGAUCAAAGAACAACAAGAAGAAGAGCUACCAGAAUUCGGUGCUGGCUCGGAAUUCGGCCGCAAAGAAAAAGAAGAAGCAAGACGGCGUAAAUUUGAGAGACGAAAAAAUAAACAGAAUAAUUCACCAUGGAUUUUAAAAGUCGGUGGAAAACAUGGAAAAAAAUAUCGUGGUAUUCGUGAAGGUGGUGUCACCGAAAAUGCAUCAUAUUAUGUAUUUUUCCAAGCUUCAGAUGGAAUGUUUGAAGCCUUUCCCGUUAAUGAAUGGUAUAAUUUUACACCAUUUCAACGAUAUAAAGCUUUAUCGGCUGAAGAAGCGGAAGAAAAAUUCAUUAAACGUGAUCAAAUAUUAAAUUUUUUUCAACUUAGAAAUAUGGCUAAAACAAAAGAAGGGGAUAAAGAUGAUUCAAGUAAAAAAUCACAACGUAAAAUGAAAAAAGAAUUCAAAGUAUCCGAUAUGGAUGAUUGGUAUGAUAUGUCCGAAAAUGAUGAUGAUAAUUUCAGUGGCGAUGGCAAUGAUGAUAGUGAUGAUGAUACGAAACAGCGAAAAUCACGAAAAGAUAAGGGCAAGAAAGAUAAACGAAAAAUCAAGAAAGAAGAUUCUGAUGAAGAAGAACCAUUAGAAGAUAGUGAUGAAGGGGAUUAUGAUGAUAAAGAAGUUGAUUAUAUGUCCGAUGAAUCUAGCAGCUCCGAAUCGGAAGAAGAAAAAGUUGGCCUUAAAGGUGUGGCAGAUGAAUCGGCAUUACGUGAUCUUGUCGUCUCUGAAGAAGAUGAAGAAGAAGAGGAAGGUGCGAAUAAAUAUGAAAAUCAGGAACAGAAUGAAGAUGCAAAUAAAUCUAUCGAUUCGGAUAAAUUGAAAUCGAAUAAAUUGGAAAAGAAAACGGGUGGCAAUGAUUCAUCAUCUGAAUCGGAUUUUGAUUCAGAAAAUUCCGAUAUAGAAGAACCCAAAUCGGCUUUAUUGAUACAGCCAAGCAAGAAUCUUAACAAAUCAUCAUCGAUAUCGACACCAGUUGAUGAUUCGAAAUCAACAGAAUUAUCUGCAGGAAAUAAAAGAAAAUUGGAACAAGAUUCCAGUAGUAGCCAAUCAACAUCAUCACCCAAUAAAGAUAAUAAUUCAUCAAAUAAUAAAUCCAAUGGUUUGAAAUUCAAACAUAAACUGGAAAAUCCAAUGGCCAAUGAACAUUCAAUGGCAAAGAAAAUGAAAGUCAAACAUGACAGUGGUAUUACCGAAGAGGCCGUACGUCGAUAUCUAAUACGAAAACCAAUGACCGCCGCCGAUUUAGUACAGAAAUUUAAGAAUAAAACAGCACGUAAAGAAAAAUUAACGGAUUUAUUGGCCGAAAUAUUACGGAAAAUUAAUCCGGAGAUACAGAAUAUAAAAGGCAAAAUGUAUCUAUCACUGAAGCCGACAUGAAGGCUGUUUUGUUCUUUUUAUAAUUUAUUUUAGUUCGAAUUUGUAUACUAAAUAAAUUUAUUAUCAAUUGCUAA